GAAGGUGGAGGCGGCGCGGCUGGAGGAGCUGCUGCUGCUGCUACUGCUGCCGCAGAAGGGUCACGAGGCGACGACGCGGAGGGCCGCCAGUCGCACGUCGACACGAUCCCGCUGGCCUGGGAGCGCCGCACUGCGCAGGGAGAGCAAGCAAGCAAGUGGAGCGACCGUGUUUCUUUCUCUGGGUCAGCAAGAGGAUCCGUAAGAUUCUUCAACUGAGAUCAGAGUUGAAAGUGACACGUGAGACCCUGACUUCAUCACCAGCGGAGUUUGCAAUGCCGGGGAAGGAAAUGCACCAGCUGUUCCAGCAGGUGUCGAUUCCUGCAGGGCGCGAUCGCACUUCGCCAUCCUGCGCGGUGCGCGGAGCCAGAGGGGAAAGAGCCUCCACGAGAUACAGCGCUAGCUGGAGACCAACUGCGGUGAGGAGUCUGUUGAAGGCUAUGCGGGGGAUCUUUUUCUUCGCCUGUUCGUUCGCAGCCACAGGCGUGUUGGAGGCGGCGCGGCAGUGCCAGCAGUAUGCCGUGUCCUCUGAGCGACGGAGCCCCAGCUGACAUCCCAACGGCUCCAGGAGCAGCUGGGGCGAGCACAGCAUCAAAUCCAAAAGGGAAUGUUGGAGGAGGUCGCCCAGAGUGAGGGGAACAUGCGCGGGUGAGCGAGCCGAACAUUGUGCGGCUGCUGCAGAGCCUCUUGGACGUGGACGGCACGGUGGUGAUUUUCUGCGAGAAGGCCGAGCGAGAGCUUCGACUCGGAGCUCAGCUGCCCGACGUUCCAGGCCUCUGCAUGUCCAAGAUCUGCAUCCUGCAGGCAGAGAAACAGGCGCUGGGGAGCGAGCUCAAGGAAGCCUCGCAAAAGUAUUGGCAGGAUCUUUCGGAGCUCGGGGAGAGUCUGGCGGCGUGGCGACGUGAGCUGGAGGAGAGUGCGCGAGCGGUGCAGGAGCUCGGCGAUCUCGUCCGGCGAAGAGCCGUUAAACCAAGCAUGCCGCUGUGAUCGAGAGCCGCAGGAGGCGAUGCUGACGGCCACCAUCGAGCCGUCGGCGGCGCACGCAACCUCGCCGGAACGGCGCGCCGGAGCGGCAGGAGCUGGAGGAAUGCUCCGAGUUGCUGCGGCGCUCCGAGGUCGCCCUGGUGGCAGCAUGAGAGCCUGGCACCGAAGCCGAGCCGCCGUGCGCCGAGGCCGCUGAGCCACCGUGCAGGAGCCAUUCGCCGACCGAGAGGCACAGUCAGGCGAGCAAAAUGACCAGCAGCAGGAGUGCGCGGGGAGGACUCGGGCGGGACUGGCGGCGAUGCAGGCACAGCGGCCGGAUGAUUGCAGCGCGUGUAGGUGCUGGUGGACGAGGAGUGCCGCCCCCGCAAGGAGCUCCACGACACCAGGUGCGCGGCACCGAAGGCGACCCGCAAGAAUGUGCCAAUACAGAUUAGGCCACAGAGUUAAUUAAAGCCAUCUCCGUGGAGCGACCUGGGCAUUUUGUCAAACUUGAAAGCGGCGCUUAAAUGGCGAGCGAGCACCCUUAAGUGGCACGCGGGCGCCGCCUGGAAGAGUUAAUCUCUGUUCUAUUGACUGCCGGCCGAGUGCCGCGUGGACCCUUGAGUAACAGGAAGGCGAGGUCGAUGCAUUGAUUACCCGUUACCUCCCUCCUUUAAGCCUCGCUUCUGCACUGUAAUUUAACACUGCCACAGCUACGCGACCAUUUUGCUGGCAUUUUUCCACGUUUUUUUAUCUCCACCCCCCCCACCAGUCCCCACCAUGACUCUGGUCAGGGGACACGAAACAGGUUCAAAUUCACUCAGCAGAAAAAUUGGAAAGUGAUUUCUGUUAUUUGACUUAGUUCAUCUCUCUGUCACCGUACGGAGUCGACGCACGAUACAGUUAUUUGAUGUCGCAAGGAGCAGCUGUUUACGGAAAUUGUCAUCUUCUUUAAAACCUCGUACUGCACUGUUGUCACGCCCGCGGUCUGGGAGAGGGCCGUGGAGCGGUUCGGGCCGCUGUCUUUAUCAACUGAUUUAACAAUUACUUUGUUAGUGACCACAUUUUGGUAUCAGUUGUUGCAGCACGCCGCACCGCCCUCCGCUCUUCGCACAGGUCGGUCACUAUUCGGCCAUCACUGCCGUUAGGAAUUCGGAACCCCGUGGCACUGGUCACGGUGUGCGACUCACAGUGAAAAUUUGUACGAUUGUACGCAUAAAUUACCGCCCUUUGUCAAUCCACCGCUGGACAAGGGCCUCCCCACACCUGUCGGUUCAUGGACAUUUGACCAUACUUCAUCAAGAUGGUAAGUGCUCGUUGGUGAACGGACCGGUUCAGAUCACUGAUGUUAGUCAAAGCAGAGAUUCAUACUUCGGUCACCAGGCUCAUAUCACAGUGCGCUAACCACCGUGCCACCGCUUCACCCCAAUCAACACGUUAAAAGUCAACAUUGACUGAACAUUGCUUUGUGGGGAUUUAAUAGUUGUCCUUUGGGUAAACUCACCUCCAAAAUAAGAAUGUGGAAUUUCCACCACUUGCCUCAGGCAUAAUGUGCAUUGUUGUGACACGGAAACUUGACGUGAUUUAACGUCACUCGUGGUUAUUCGCCGGAGGCAUUAUUGAUUUUGCGUGUUUAAGUCUCUCAGUCUUUAGUCAUGCAAUUGCUUUGUCUGAGAAUUGGUGAACGGCACAUGCACACCGCCUUCAGAUUUACAUGUGGGACAGUGUGGUGUUAUACAGGCCGCAGUUUGGAGUUGGAGGCUUUUGGUGCGAGUGAGCAUGGUGCCAUGUUGCCACCACGUGGUAUUGCCCAGGAGCAGGACGUAGUUCCUCAAAACAGAGCUGAAAGCCACCAGGACAGAGGAGGCCACGCGGGCGCAGGAGGUGAUGCGGCUGCAGCUCGCGCCGGUGGCACGCAGAGCCUGAGACCGGGCACGUUCAUGGCCAGAUCAACGGGUGGAGCAGCUGGUAGCCACGUGUGGGAGGAGCUAGAAGUGGAGCAACAGUUGCCUGAUGGAGGCUGUGGACAACGCGUGCCAGCUGGCGGACACCACGUGCGCCGAGGCCUCUACGCUGCGCGAGCAGGGCGAGAACGAUGCAAAUCGGCUCGUCGAGGGGGGCCGGAAGCUAGGACCCCUGCAGGCGGAGGCUGCGCGGUACGAGCGCAAGGCUGGCGCCUUGCCGGCGUGAAUAUGCGGAGCAUGCCAGCGGAGCUUCCAGUAGCUGCACUUUCUGCGCCGACAGAGGCCACGAGCUGCAAGGGGCAAGUGGACCAGCUGAUGUAUCGCAACAGGCGCUGGGCAAGUGCGAUGAGGAGACGGAUGCCGUGCGGCCUGAGCUGACCUCGCUGCAUGAGCCCCUGUGUCUCAAGAUCGUCGUGGACGUGAAGACGAUGGAGCAAUCCCUGAAGGUGUUGCGGAACGACACGAGGUAGAGCGAGCUCACGGUGUCCGGGUUGCAGCCGUGGAUCGCUCAGCAGAAGCUAGGUAGCAGGAAGAUCUGCAGAGCCGCGACAUCGAGGAGCUGACCGCGGAGAGAGAGAGAGCGACCCAGCGCCAGCAGCGGUGGCGCCCGGAAAGCUGCGCCUCUACAGCAUGCGCUUCUGCCCCUUCGCCCAAAGGCCCCGUCUUGUUUUGGCAGCCAAGGGCAUCGAGUACGAGACGGUGAACAUCCACCUGAAGGCGAAGCCGGCAUGGUUCCUGGAGCGAUGUCCAGGAGGGCUAGUGCCAGUGCUGGAGAACGACAGCGGCGAGCUGGUGCCAGAGUCCCUGGUGGUGUCCGACCUCCUAGAUCAGCUGUACCCCGAGCCGCCCCUCUACCCACGGGGCCAGCCCUACGCGCAAGCCAAGCAGCGCCUGCUCAUCGAGGGAUUCGGCAAGGUGGUGAGCCUCUUCUACAAGAUUUUUAGCGCCUCGCUGAAGGAGGAGAGUGCCGUCGAGGUGGAGGGGGAGUUCCAGAGGUCGCUGGCACCAUACGAGAAGCAUCUACAGGCCUCGGGCGAGACGUUCCUGGGUGGUGCCCGGCCCAGUAUGGCCGACUACAUGGUGUGGCCGUGGAUGGAACGGCUGCCCGCCGUGGGUGCACUGCGGGUGCUGGAUGCGCUGCCUCGUCUCAAGGCCUGGUGGGAGGCCAUGAUGAAGGAUGCGGCUGUGCUAGCGACAUUCACGGACAUGGACACCUACAAGGAGUUUGGAAAGCGCUACGCAGCCAAUGACAUGGAGUCGUACGACAUAGGGCUAUAGGUCGUGUGCUUCCGGAGGCCCUGCCGACCCAACCGCCAGCAUCUCGACCCCAUUGUGGGCAGAUUGGUCUCCAUGCCUUCGUUACAGGAUGAUGAUUCAAAAUUCUGGGUGAAAUUGCAUUGAUUGGAAUGGAGAUAGAGAAAUUAAAAUGGUCGCUUGUUAAAACGCACUUCCUUAAUAGUUUUUGCCAUAUAAGUAAAUUGUAUUUUUAAAUUGCGCACUCGUGGGUUAUGCUUGAGGUUUACUUUCAGUUUGGGUGUGCGGUGGGGUGGUGGCUGAACCGCCAUUGCAAAUUAAUGGGAAACGUUAAUGGCCACGGUGAGGUUUGGGGAUUGGAUAUGGUUCGGGCUACUGAUUGACGGACGAGAUAUUGCCAGCAUUUUGUGGUUAUCAAACGCUACAGUUGCAUGCUAAGUGUGUGGGAACAUGAGUGUGUGUGGCUCUCGGCUCCCACACCCCCACCUCCACAAACCCGCCCAAACUUCUCAGGGGCAAGAUCAAACUCAUCAGCAGCGCCCGACACUGAUUCAGCGGCUUUUUGAGUCCAUAGCCAUGGGCCAGCAGGAGCCGUGUUGCGUGAGCAAUUAAGCCCCUUAACUCUGGCACGAGCGAUGGUUCUCUUGUUGUAACAAACGCGCGAUUGUGUGUAUUGCGUGCCGAACCUCGGGAGAGGCCCACACCAUUUUAAAGCUUCCCCCUGCUGCGAUUCGUGUAAUUGUGAUGGAAAUAAGCACAGUGUUCUGGAGUGUUGUAUUUCUGUCAUUCGCUCAAUAACAUUCUUUAUCACUG